AUGGAAUUAGAUCUUGUUGACUUGGAGGCAGAAAUCCUAAAGGCAAGAGUUCGACAUGGCCUUCAGAUAGCACGUCGAGGAUUCCAAUUAUAUUCUGACAUGGAAUUUGAUUCAAGAGAGAAUCUUGAUGUUUGUGCUACCCUUUCACUACGUCCUCGUCCAUCUUCAUUCCUUGUUCUUAGACUCAAUUUUUCUGGACUUCGUACCAAUUCAACAUUUGAAAUUUUUGAGGAGGAUUUCCAUAAAAGUUUGAACAUAGACAUGGCAAAGCUUAUGUGCAGAUAUCGACAAGAGUUGAAGGACUAUUAUCAAAUCUAUGUUUUUAUUGAUGAAUAUGAUGCUAGAAUGACCGAAGUCCUUAAAAAUGGAUCCACCUUAAAACCUCUUAUUGUUCAUCAUAAAAAUUCUCUAAGCAGAACUGAAGCAAUGGAGAGUUCAUUCAAACAAUUUUACAUUCGAUUGAAAUCUGCUUGUGAUAAUGGCAUUGCUUAUGUUUUCCAAACUGGCGUGACUCCUAUCGUCAUGUCUGAAUUCACUUCGGGGUUCAAUAUUUCAACAGACUUGGCAUUGAGGGAAGAAUUUUGGGAUUUAUAUGGGUUUAAAAAAGUCAGAAGUAUAUUCAAUACCGGCAGUAUUUUAUACAGUACUCGGAUGCUAACUGGAAGAAUCAAUUAUGUAGAACGUUACAAGGAUACUUCCAUAUAUAUUAAAAAGAUUCUUCAGUUUUCUCCCGAUCCACAUACAUUGCCCUCACAGACAACAAUGAACUUAAUUGUAAACAAUUCCCUUGGUAAACCAAUACUUACUGAAUCAAUUGGUCAACUUUCUCUUGAAUCAAGAAAUGGCAUUGAACAACGAUUUUGA